AUGAAGGUUGCUGCUCUGUUCUGGCUUCUGCCAGCUUUCGUUGCUGCUCAGUCCCCUACCCAGACUUUGUCUCCAUGGCAGACCGGUAUGGUUACUGAAGAUGGUACCUGUGGAGGAGAUACCGGUUUCGUCUGCAGCCCUCUCUGGGGUGCUUGUUGCUCCAAGGACGGUCAAUGUGGAAGAUCCAGCAAGUUCUGCGGCGAAGGAUGUCAGAGCAAGGCCGGAAACUGUAAUGCUGCUGCUCCACCGCCUGAAGUUCCUCUAGGUCCUGGAAGUGUCUCUCCCGACGGUUCUUGUGGCGGCACAAACAAAUUCGUUUGUGGUGGCAGCGCCUUUGGUGACUGUUGUUCUACCCAGGGCUGGUGUGGUAACUCUACCGCCCACUGCGGUAACAACUGCACUCCCGACUUCGGCACAUGUGGCCCCCCUAGCAAUAUCACCUUUGACGGUGAGUGUGGUGCCAACGGCAAGAUCUGUCUCGACUCCGGCUACGGUAACUGCUGCUCCAUGGGCGGCUGGUGUGGAAGCGAUGCCGAGCAUUGCGGUGCUGGUUGUCAGAAGGGUUUCGGCAACUGUACCUUGACUAAUGCCGGAGAUAUAUCCACUGAUGGUUUCUGUGGCAAGAAUGGAAAGACCUGCAAAGGCAGUACAUUCGGUGACUGCUGCUCCAGGGAAGGUUACUGUGGCAAGGAUACCCACUGUGAUGCUGGAUGCCAGACCAAGUUUGGUUCGUGCAAUGCUGAGACAGACAUUUCUACCGAUGGCUUUUGUGGCAAGAACGGAAAGACUUGCAAAGGAAGCACUUUCGGUGAUUGUUGCUCCAAGGAAGGGUACUGCGGAAAAGACGGUCAUUGUGGUGCAGGUUGCCAAACUGCUUUUGGCACCUGCAAGGCAGACUCUGGCACUGUCUCAACUGACGGUCGUUGCGGAGGCUUCAAUGGCAAGACCUGCAAGGGCAGUACAUUUGGAGACUGUUGCUCCGCUGGUGACUGGUGUGGCAAGGACACCCACUGUGAUGCAGGCUGUCAGUCCAAGUUCGGUACCUGCAACGCCGAGGCCAGCAACAUUUCUACCGAUGGCUUCUGCGGUAAGAACGGCAAGACCUGCAAGGGAAGCACCUACGGUGACUGCUGUUCUGCUGAGGGCUACUGUGGUAAGGCAGGUCAUUGCAAGGCUGGCUGUCAGUCUAAGUUUGGUACUUGCGAUGAAGCUUCUAGUAACGUCUCGACCGAUGGAAGCUGUGGCAAGAAUGGUAAGACCUGUAAGGGCAGUGUCUUUGGCGAUUGUUGCUCCGAGUAUGGCUACUGUGGGAAGGGCGACACCUUCUGCCGCAAUGGUUGCCAGAAGGCUUUUGGUCUCUGCACUGGCAUCUCUUCUGACUCUGAGUGCGGUACCAGGAACGGCAAGACUUGUGCUGGCUCUGGCCUCGGAAACUGCUGCUCGUCGAAUGGCUUCUGUGGAAGCAGCGCUUCUCACUGUGGUCAAGGCUGCCAAAAAGGCGCUUCUAGUGCUUGUUUGACUAAGAAUAUUCCUACGUUGGACAGCACUUGCGGUAGCAAAGUUGGUCUGACUUGUGCUGGUGGUCCAUUCAACGGACAGUGCUGUGGCUCUACUGGUUUCUGUGGUACGACUGGCACUCAUUGUGGUUCAGGGUGCCAAAAGGGCUUCGGUCGUUGCAAUUAG